AUGCUGUCAUCCAGUCUAAAAGAAGAGGUUGGUGAUUAUGACGUAGAUGCUUCUUCAGCAAAGAGAUUGUGGAGGUCACCUUCUGAUACUUUGCAAGAUAUGAUUGUGUUACAGGUUUAUGUCACAAUGUAUCUGAAUGAUUGCCAACACACGGAUUUCUACGAAGGAGUCGAACUUAAACCUGAAGAAUUUGAUAUGCAUGUCAUCAUUGAGACAAACCAAACAACUACACGGAUUUGUAGUAAUGCAAAUAUUCUCAUAUUCAAGGCAUUCAAACUAGCCUAUUAUGUCACAGCAACUGGGCUAAGUGAGCUAAUCCAAAUUCAAUAA